ACCGAUCCCAAGAGUCACAGCGUUUUCCAAGCAUGUGCAAGAAGCUUCCGUUCCUUUUUCAAAACACUUGCCAGGAGCAGUUGCGGGUAAAGGCUGUGUCUUGCUGGUGAUGACUUGUAAAUAACAAACGUGCCGUGACACUGACAAUAUGGAGGAUGACUGGAGGCCGUUGCUGGGCCCUGAUUGGUCCGGGGAGAGCUACGCUACCCAGAGUGUCACCGACUCACUGGACUCAAAGACCAGGAGGCCGUUUCAUGUGGAGCCUCGGAAUAUUGUCGAGGAGGAUCCUCUGGAGCGGGUCUCCGCGGAGGCCUCCAUCAUGAGCAGCAGGAUGAACUACUACAGUCGCCUGACUGGCUCUUCAGACAGACUGCUGGUUCCACCAGACCAUGUGAUCCCAGCUCCAGAGGAGAUUUAUGUUUACAGCCCUUUAGGGACCGCGUUUAAAGUGCACGGAGGUGACGGCUCAGCCAGAAACCCCAGCAUCAUCACCAUCUUCGCUAUAUGGAACGCUAUGAUGGGGACUUCGAUACUGAGCAUACCCUGGGGCAUUAAGCAGGCUGGCUUCACGUUUGGGAUCCUUAUUAUCAUCUCUGUGGGCCUGAUGACCUUGUACUGCUGUUACAGAGUUCUAAAAUCAUCCAAAUCCAUACCAUAUAUCGAUACCUCAGACUGGGAGUUCCACGAUGUCUGUAAAUAUUACCUCGGGGCUCCUGGCCAGUGGUCUAGCCUUAUCUUUUCCAUGGUGUCAUUGAUUGGUGCAAUGGUCGUCUAUUGGGUCCUUAUGUCCAACUUCCUGUUCAAUACGGGCGAAUUCAUAUACAAUUAUGUCCACAAUAUCAGUAUGGCUGAUGCUGAUUUUGGAACUAAUGGGACUGACAGAGUGAUCUGUCCGUUCCCGGGUACUCAGCCGGAGCGGAACGGCAGCCUCACCCUGUUUGCCCUGAGUGAUAACAGUACGGAGGCACCGCUCUUCGAACACUUGUGGAGCAAGACGAACACAGUCCCUUUCUACCUCAUCAUCUUGCUCCUCCCACUUCUCAACUUCCGCUCUGCCUCCUUCUUUGCGAGGUUCACCUUCCUAGGCACCAUAUCUGUGAUGUACCUGAUUUUCCUGGUCACGCUAAAAGCAUUUCGGUUGGGGUUCCACCUUGAAUUCCACUGGUUUCACCACACAGAAUUCUUUGUCCCAGAAUUCAGAGUGCUGUUCCCACAGCUGACGGGAGUUCUCACUCUGGCCUUUUUCAUCCAUAACUGUGUUAUCACCUUGAUGAAGAGCAAUCAACACCAGCAAAACAACGUUCGGGACUUAUCCGUGGCAUACGUGCUGGUUGGAGUAACCUACCUAUAUGUGGGGGUUUUGGUCUUCGCUGUCUUCCCAUCCCCGCCGCUGUCUAAGGAGUGCAUCGAGCCGAACUUCCUGGACAAUUUCCCCAGUAGCGACAUCUGGGUGUUCGUUGCACGGAUGUGCCUGUUCUUCCAGAUGACCACAGUCUACCCAUUGCUCGGCUACCUCGUACGGGUGCAGAUCAUGGGCCAGAUUUUUGGCAAACACUACCCAGGAUUCUUUCAUGUGCUGUUUCUGAAUGUCGUCAUCGUGGCAGCUGGCGUGCUUAUGGCAAGGUUUUAUCCCAACAUCGGCUCCAUAAUCAGAUAUGCGGGGGCAUUUUGCGGCCUCGCCCUGGUGUUUGUGCUGCCCUCUGUGGUCCACAUGAUCUCCCUUCACCGAAUCGGAAAGCUCCGCUGGCCCUCUGCCACCUUUCACAGUCUUCUGAUAGCACUGGGGUUCGCCAAUCUGCUGGGACAGUUCUUUAUGUGAUGCCACCUGGUGGACUGCACAUGCAAUGGCAAUAGUCUGCGCAACAGUUGCUCUCUCGCGAACAGGGCCGUCCAAGACAACUGUGUGUCUCGGUUAAAGCAGUGACUAGUUGGCGGUUGGCAUGGAAGGGAAUAUUAAUGUAAAUUGAAUCAAACUCAAACAUCAGUUUGGUCUUGAAGCUGGUUAUAAGACCGUGGGUUCCUUAAACAGUAAAAGCAUCCCUCUCAAUACACUGUUUUAAAUGUUAAUUGCACUUGUGUUACUGAUAUUUUGGUAUCCAAAUACAAAUUCAGCAGCCUCAUGAUUGACAGCAUUUGAACUCUGACCCCCCCCCCCACCAUUUGCUAUUGUUGCUGAUGUGAUUGACCCCAAAUAACCCACUUCAGUGUUCUAUAUAAUCUAAAUAAAGUUCAUGGAGGUUAGGGGGCACAACUGCCUGUUUCAGGUGAUUUGGAUCAAUGUGAUAUUUAUAAAUAUAUAGAAAAGUAAUAUUUUUUUACCAUGUCUUGCCUAGUAACAGAGAGAUGUUUCUUACUAAUGUGAACUUAAUGGUGGAAGAUUCCAGAAUCUCUAAGGAUCUUGUUGCCAGGAUGCAGGGGAUUUGAAGAGGCUCUUUCUAAAUGCGUGGAGACCGAGUGGUUUAAAAGUCCCGGGUUUGUCGUGCUGAUGGCAGUGUCAGUAAUUAUGUAUUUCGGGACGCCCUCCUCGUGCCACACUUCUGCUCAUACAGAAUGAGGUGCUUUUUCUGUAACUCUCCCAUGGUGCAGGUCGGUCUACAGUAUGGUAACAGGUGACCCACUAGAAUAUGGACCUAUUCUGGCCUGGCUCAUCUCUGCUUUUUUCCCCCCAGUUUUUUUAAUUUAUUUUUUUUUUGUCUCCCACCCCCCCUCACCCUCUUGGGGUUGUUCCUUCAUGUGGACCAUGCUGCUUUUCUUGUCUCUCUUUUUCUUAGCACGGGGGGGGGCUUGGUCCACGUGUCUGCAAUUUACUCUGAUCCUGUCUGGAUUUAAAAGCUAAAUUUAAGGUUGUGUCACUCUGAUCUGACUCCAAACAGAUCACAGUCAGUUCUGCGGGUAAAAAUUUGCACCUUUAAUGUGGGAUAAAAAGUUGUACUGAUGAAAGUAUAUUUGGGUCUGAUAACACCAGGUGGUUCUGCUAAUAUUGAAUAAUGAUAAAAACAGAAGGAACUUGAAUUAUUUUGUAUGCUUACUUACCUGAACUGUAGCUUCAUCUAAAAUGACUGAUGACUGUUCUUCUAUGUUAAAUCAGUUCUGUGCAUUGGUAAAUGUAAAUGUCUGCCUGCAAGCAGUGUGCUGGUUGCUUUUAAUGUUGGAAGAAAGUGUUUUGCACUUCUUUAGACGUUUUCCAUAUACCAGCAGAUGUAUACCGUCAUAGAUAACCUGUAAGUUUGGUGUUCCCACAUCCCUGUCUUAUCCCCUCUGUGCAGCAGUCAUGCCAUAUGAUGGUCUAAUGACAUGAGGCCUUUCUGUAUUUACAGUGCAUUUUGCUUGCCUUUUUAAAUAGAUUCUGUUCACUUUAAAAGCCGGUAAUAAAUGGUGGUUUUGAAAUCA